AUAUUUGACACUUUCUACUCAUUUGUGUUAUUACGCAUGAUGACAAGGUAUUUUCAGUUCCCAGGGGACAGCGUGGUCACCGGUUGGGGAAAAAUAUAUGGCCGUACGAUGUUUGUUUUCAGUCAGGACUUCACAGUGUUCGGAGGAAGCCUGUCGAAGAUCCACGCGCACAAGAUUUGCAAAGUCAUGGAGCAAGCGAUGACUGUUGGAGCGCCACUGAUAGGACUGAACGAUUCUGGUGGUGCACGGAUUCAGGAGGGCGUUGAUUCUUUGGCAGGAUACUCGGAUAUAUUCUUGCGAAAUACAUUGGCGUCUGGAGUCAUUCCGCAGAUUUCCGUGAUUAUGGGCCCGUGUGCAGGUGGCGCCGUGUAUUCGCCUGCACUAACUGACUUCAUUUUUAUGGUGCGAAAUACCAGUUAUCUGUUCAUCACCGGACCUGAAGUGGUUAAGGCCGUGACUAAUGAAGACGUUACGCAGGAAGAACUUGGUGGUGCCAAGACGCACACAACUUUGUCAGGUGUGGCACACGAAGCGUUUGAGAACGACGUGGAUGCGAUGCUGAGGCUGCGUGAGUUCAUGUCGUACAUGCCACUGAAUAACAAAGAGCCAGUUCCGGUUCGUCCAUGCGACGACCCAUGGGAUCGUCUUGUUCCAAGCUUAGACACAGUAGUACCGUUGGAAAGCACUGCAGCAUAUAACAUGUUGGACAUUAUUCACGACGGCGAGUUUUUUGAAAUCCGUCCAUAUGAUGCAAAAAGUAUCGUCGUCGGUUUCGCGCGAAUGAACGGUAGAACCGUCGGAAUUGUUGCUAAUAACCCAAAAGUGGCAGCAGGCUGUUUGGACAUCAAUUCUUCUGUGAAAGGGGCGCGGUUUGUUCGGUAUUGCGACUGUUUCAAUAUUCCGCUGAUAACACUUGUGGACGUUCCUGGAUUUUUGCCAGGAACUGCACAGGAAUACGGAGGAAUUAUUCGUCACGGAGCAAAAUUAAUCUAUGCUUAUUCCGAGGCUACAGUACCAAAAAUCACGGUUAUCACUCGCAAGGUAAAACUUUCUCGCGCUGCUUCUGUAAAGUGGUCAGCGCAUGCUGAGCUGAGUAUGUUCCAGGCUUACGGUGGUGCCUAUUGCGUGAUGAGCAGCAAGCAUUUGAGAGGCGAUGUCAAUUAUGCAUGGCCAACGGCUGAAGUUGCUGUUAUGGGUGCGAAAGGUGCCGUUAAGAUUCUUUUCCGUGGAGAAAAAGAUGUCGAAAAGAAGGAAGAUGAAUAUGUCGAAUUGUUCAGCAAUCCAUUUCCUGCAGCAGUAAGAGCUUAUAUUGAUGAUAUAAUUGAACCGAGGACAACUCGCGCUCGAAUUUGUCGUGAUUUGGACCUGCUUUCGACGAAGAAACAGACAAAUCCAUGGAAGAAACAUGGUAACAUCCCACUUUAA